ACCUCCCAGACUACACACACUUAUUGGCUUUUAUGUUGUUCAUGGCGUCUGAUGAAGGGCUCAAGACAAGUCGCCGUCUGACAAACAGAUAGGCCGGUGAACUUUAACGGUUGUUGUUGUUGUUGUUUUGGUCGUGUGUUGCAUGAUGGAAGUGGACAGUGUCAGGAUGGAGGUGGACGGUGAAAAACGUUUGGCCCAGCGCAGAUUUGACGCAGCUGUCAAAGUUAUCAAGAGUUUACCCCCGGAUGGUCCCUUUCAGCCAUCUAAUGACAUGAUGCUCAAGUUCUACAGUUAUUACAAACAAGCAACAGUGGGACUGUGCAAUAUACCCCGACCUGGCUUCUGGGACGCAGUUGGCAAAGCAAAAUGGGAUGCCUGGCAUUCUCUUGGAGAUAUGUCAAAAGAAGAAGCAAUGGCUGCCUAUGUUGAUGAAAUGAAACUGAUCCUGGAGGGCAUGCCCAUGACGGACGAGGUGGAGGAACUCCUUCGCGUCCUCGGCCCGUUUUAUGAGCUGGUGGAGGAAAAGAAGAAGAUCUCACAGAUAUCAGACCUGAGUGCAGGCUUUGGUACAAUGUUGAAUUCGGUGCACUCAAAGAGCGUCACAAAGAGCAUUGUCAGAACCAUGGAAAUGAAUGGCACUCUGGAGACUCGGCCUGCCAGACUCAAAGCAAAUGAAGUGAAGGAGACGUCGGAGGAAGACGCAGAAGAGGAAGAUGAAGAGGAUGAUGAUGAUGAUGAUGAUGAAGAAGAAGAUGAGGAAGAAGAGGGAGUAAAGGAGAAUGGAAAAGAUUUGACUUCAGACACAAAAUCAGCAGCUUCACAGCCAAAGAAGAAGAGUUCAACCAGGAGACACAAAGAGCCCCUGUCAAACGGCAAACCGGUGAACGGAGUCGCCCAUCUGACCAACGGGAGUCAUUCCAGAGUUGCACUGAACAGUGACCACUCCCUGGACGGUCCAGUCAGCGAGCCUCUGCUCAACGGUCACCGAGCAGAUCUCAGUGAUGACAUUUCGGCUCCAAACCAAGUGGCCAGCGACUCGGACAGUGAAGUUUACUGCGACUCUGUGGACCAGUUUGGCCAAGACGAGAGUGCAGAUCGUAACCGCGCUCUGGAUGACCUGGAUGAAGAGGAGAGCCACGUGCUGCAGCCCCUGGAGGCGACGCAGGGAGUCCAGGAUGAAUUUUAUGCUCCAGCAGAGGUCGUCAGGUGUGGCGGAGAAGAUGGCGAUAGCGGCGGGACAAUGACACAGAGACAGGGACUGGAAGGAAACGUGCCAGACAGCUCCGUCAGAAGAGGAGGACGAGGCUCCAGGUCUCAAGACCGUGGCUCUGGAACCAUGAUGCCCAUGCACGGUGGCGGAGACGGGGGCCGCCGGGGAGGAGCAGGAACUCCAGGAGGAAGCCUGGACGAGCAGAUAGUAGUGGCGCUGGCGAGACUGCAGGAGGACAUGCAGAGCGUCCUGGAGAGGCUUCACACCCUGGAGGUUCUGUCUGCCAGUCAGGCAAGAUCACUGGCUCUGUCUCCCACUUAUACGUCACCCCCACUGAAUAAGAGGAGUCAGAAGCCAUCCUGGUGGCCUUUUGACAUUUCUCCAACCAGUCUGGCCUUCGCUGUGAUGUGGCCGUUUGUGGUGCAGUGGCUGAUUCGUCUCUUCCUGCAGAAGAGAAGGAGACGAAUCAACUGAACCCACUUCCAUCGUCACUGUCCCCUCCCUGCUUGGACCCACAGUCCUGUAAUUUUGCUUUUGCACUAUGAAGAAAGCACCUAAACCUGAAUUUGAAGAGCGAGAUGAAGAAAGUCUGAGGACGCGAGUCGUAACCGCGGGAUACAAUGAAGAGUGAACCUGCGAUUUAACACACUUUUUUUUCUAAGUUGAUGCCACUGUACUGGGACCGUUUUCUCUCCAUGAUGUGGUUUGAGCGGAGAGCGUUCAAAGACCAACUACAGUAGUCUGUCGGUUGUUCUCGUCGUGAAGGCUUUGUUGCAAAACAAGAAGAAGCCCGACACUUUGUUGUUGUAAAAGCUUGAUGUGAUUAUAAAUUUUAUUAACAGUUCACUUUUCAUUAGUCGCCCAGUUAAUGCUGCUAUAAUAAUAACUGUAGUUUAGAAGCCAGGAUUGAAUGUAAUGAUAUCAAUAUGUGAGAUUUUGAUAUUAAGGAUUAAAUAUCAGGAUUAAAUAAGGAUUAAAUUAAUAUUUAUUGCUUUUACUUGUAAAGAAGGCACUACGGGAUGUUUCAGAGGGGUUUUGUGUUUCUAACAGAGGUUUCAAACUCAUGGCCCCCCAAUUAAUUUCAUGUGGCCCUCCACUUAAUGUUUGUUUUUUUAAUUAAUAGUUUCACUUUGCAUCAUAAAUGCAUUUACAUUAUGAACUAUUUAUCGCGCCAUAUUAAAAGAAACACUUUUAUUUUGAAAUUCUGUGUUAUAUCAUAAAUAUUAUUAUUUCGGUGUCUUUUUUUUGUUGCAAAACUUGGGACUUUUCUUUUACUUGGCCAUUUGAGUUUGAGACCCCUGGUUUAGAGUGACCUGCGGAACGUUGUUUAUGGUUCAAACGAGGUUGUUUGUGUUGAUUUUUUUGUCAUCAGCUGUCCAACAGCAGUCUGUGUGUGUCUGUCUGUGUGUGUGUGGUUGCUUUACAUUAGUGUGAUCUAAACAUCUGAGCCUCCACGUAAUUGUCUCCAAAUAGAAAAAAAAGAAGUGCCUCAACAUCAUGGGUACAAUCAUAGGUGGCAUUAUGAUUUCAUACAUUCUCAUAUUCGGAGCGUUAUCAUGUGUAGUCCUGGACCAAAAAUCGACGGUAAUUUGACAUCCUGUUUUUGAGAUUCUCCAUCCCACAGCUUAAUUAAUGAAGUAGUCAUCAUGAACGCUGCCAUGUUUUCUUCCUGCUAUAUAAAUUAAAUGUGUGAUGUAAAAUGUUUGUAUGAAUAUUGUGGAAAGAUUUAUCUCUUUUUUUGGAGCAGAUAAUCAUAACAUGUUUGCAAAGCGGUGAGAUCUAUUAAACAUUGUAUACAGUAGCUGUACAGUUCUGAUUAAAAUGCAAUAUUUUAAUUGCAUUACCAUAUAUUAUUAAUGUAGACUGUAGACUCUUUGCGGAGCUGUUAAUGUUUUAAUAAUAAUAAUGAUGACGAUGAUGAAAAAAAUAAGUAAUAGUUUAACUUUCUACUGAAAUGUGCUGAGGCUUUCUCACCCUCUCUGCCUGUGGAUAGAGUGGUGUUUGCAUGUGAUAAUCCAAGCCUAAUAAAGUUUUCAUAAAGCGUU